GGGAAGCGGAAAUGCUCGGCUGACCCGGAGGGUGGCGCUUCGUUCACACUGGCUGUUGUCAUCCGCCCCUGAGGUUUCAGGCUGUCGGCAGUGAAGGUCAGAGUGCAGACCUGAGACCACUGCUCACCCACUUCAGACUCCAGUUUAUCUGUGCCCCGGCUUCCCCACUUAGUCGCAGAAGACUUAGGCUGAGGCCCCAGGAAGAGAUCUCUAUCCUUUGCAGGAGCACAACAAGAUGGCCAUGUCCCAGGAAUCAUUGACCUUCAAGGACGUGUUUGUGGACUUCACCCUGGAGGAGUGGCAGCAACUGGACUCUGCCCAGAAGAACCUCUACAGGGAUGUCAUGCUUGAGAACUACAGCCACCUGGUGUCCGUGGGGCAUCUAGUUGAGAAGCCAGAUAUGAUCUUCAGGUUGGGACCAGGUGAAGAGUCCUGGAUGGCAGAUGGAGGGACCCCGGUACAGACCUGUGCAGGUGAGGACAGGCCAGAAGUCUGGCAAGUUGACGAGCAGAUAGAUCACUACAAGGAAAGCCAAGACAAACUUCUGUGGCAAGCUGCAUUCAUAGGCAAGGAAACACUGAAGGAUGAAAGCGGUCAAGAAUGUAAAAUAUGUAGAAAAAUCAUUUAUCUCAACACAGACUUUGUUUCUGUAAAACAAAGACUCCCUAAAUAUUAUUCAUGGGAAAGGUGUUCAAAACAUCAUUUAAACUUUCUUGGUCAAAAUAGAAGCUAUGUAAGAAAGACAGAUGAUGGAUGUAAAGCAUAUUGGAAAGUAUGCCUCCAUUAUAAUCUUCAUAAAGCUCAACCUGCAGAGAGAUUUUUUGACCCUAAUCAACAAGGGAAAGCCCUCCACCAAAAGCAAGCCCUUAGAAAAAGUCAGAGAAGUCAAACUGGGGAGAAGCUCUACAAAUGUACUGAAUGUGGAAAAGUGUUUAUCCAGAAAGCAAACUUAGUUGUACAUCAAAGAACUCACACCGGAGAGAAACCUUAUGAAUGCUGCGAAUGUGCAAAAGCCUUCAGCCAGAAGUCAACCCUCAUAGCACACCAGAGAACUCACACAGGGGAGAAGCCCUAUGAAUGCAGUGAAUGUGGAAAAACCUUUAUCCAGAAGUCAACUCUGAUUAAACAUCAACGAACUCAUACAGGAGAGAAACCAUUUGUAUGUGACAAAUGUCCAAAAGCCUUUAAGAGUUCAUAUCAUCUUAUUAGACAUGAAAAAACACACAUUAGACAAGCAUUUUAUAAAGGUAUUAAAUGUACUACGUCCAGCCUUAUAUAUCAAAGAAUUCACACAAGUGAGAAACCUCAGUGCAGUGAACAUGGGAAAGCCUCUGAUGAGAAGCCCAGUCCCACUAAACAUUGGAGAACUCAUACAAAAGAGAACAUUUAUGAGUGUAGUAAAUGUGGGAAAAGCUUCAGAGGAAACUCACACCUCUCUGUUCAUCAGAGAAUUCAUACAGGAGAGAAACCCUAUGAAUGUAGUAUAUGUGGGAAGACUUUCAGUGGAAAGUCACACCUCUCUGUCCAUCAUAGAACUCAUACAGGAGAGAAACCUUAUGAAUGCAGAAGAUGUGGGAAAGCCUUUGGGGAGAAGUCAACCCUUAUUGUACAUCAGAGAAUGCAUACAGGAGAGAAACCCUAUAAAUGCAACGAAUGUGGGAAAGCCUUUAGUGAGAAGUCACCACUGAUUAAACAUCAGAGAAUUCAUACAGGAGAGAGACCCUAUGAAUGCACUGACUGUAAAAAAGCCUUCAGUAGGAAGUCAACUCUCAUCAAACAUCAGAGAAUUCAUACAGGAGAAAAACCUUACAAAUGUAGUGAAUGUGGGAAGGCCUUCAGUGUGAAAUCAACUCUCAUUGUGCAUCACAGAACUCAUACAGGAGAGAAACCUUAUGAAUGCAGAGACUGUGGGAAAGCAUUCAGUGGGAAGUCAACUCUCAUUAAACAUCAGAGAAGUCACACAGGAGGUAAAAACCUAUGAUUAUACUUGAGAAUGGGAUAAUUAUACUAGUAGUUAUUUGUCAUUUGACUAUUACUAGUCUCAUUAUUUGUCAAAUAAUCAUGGGGAGUAAUCUUAUAAAUGUCCAGAAUAUUGGAAAUUCUUCAUAUGUUAAUGUUCAUUUAACUUAAUAAAAAGUACAAAAGUAUAAUUCCAGAGGUGUCAAUAAAUGUGAUCAGUUUUUUCACCCAGAAUUCUUCACCCAGGAGUGAAGAACUGUAUGUCAAAUAAUUCAAAAGGGGCAAAACUGAAUGUAGUUAUGUGGGAAAGCCUUCAGAAAUAAUUUAAGUGGCACUGUUUAUCAGAGUAUGUAUGCCGAGGAAAACUAAGAAUUUAGUGAGCUUAUAAAACCAUGGUAGCCAGGCAUGGUAGGUAGCUCACACCUGUAAUCCUAGCACUUUUGGGAGGCUGAGGUGGGCAGAUUGCUUGAGCUCACAAGUUUGAGACCAGCCUGGGCAACAUGGCAAAACUCUGUCUCUACAAAAAAUACAAAAGUUAUCUGAGUGUAGUGGUGCAUACCUUUAGUCCCAGCUACUCAGGAGGUUGAAGUAGGAUGGCUUGAGCCCAGGAGGCUGAGGUUGCAGUGAACUGAGAUCGUGCCACUGCACUCCAGCCUGGGCAUUAUAGCCAGACCUUGUCAAAUAAAUAAAUAAACAAACCCAUGGUAGAAAUGAGAGGAAUCAUGCUCUAUAUUCUUUUAUUAAUAGAGACAGGGUCUUGCUAUGUUGCCCAGGCUGGUCCUGAACUUGUAGCGUUAAUUGAUCCUCCCACCUUUGCCUCCCAAAGCACUUGGAUUAUAGAUAUGAGCCACCACACUUACCAUGUUCUUUACCAAACAUUUUGUGGAAGAGGUGUAGAGGUGGCAAACAAUUAUAAAUUUAAGAUAUGUUCACUGUGGAGUAGAGUAUGAUUAUUUAUUUAUUUAGAGAUGGAGUUUCGCUCUUGUCGCCCAGGCUGGAGUGCAGUGGCACGAUCUUGGCUCACUGCAGCCUCUGCCUCCCAGGUUCAAGUGAUUCUCCUGCCUCAGCCUCCCAAGUAGCUGGGAUUACAGGCACCCACCACCACACCCGGCUAAUUCUUUUUUUUUUUUUUGUAGAGACGCGGUUUUGCCAUGUUGGGCAGGCUGGUCUCGAACUCCUGACCUCAGGUAAUCCGCCCGCCUCAGCCUCCCAAAGUGCUGGGAUUACAGGCGAGAGCCACC